AUAAUAUGAGUGUCAAUAUUCUAAUAUUAGUGCUUCUCUAUCAUUUGUUGCAUGUCAAUUAUAUUAGUUACGUGCAUACAUACUUAGUUGAGUGAGAUAUGGGUGAGAUUGACAUGAAGGAGUACUGCACAUACAGAAACCCAAAGGAACCCCUUGAAGCUCGACUCAAAGACCUUCUUUCCCGCAUGACUCUGGAAGAGAAGGUUGGUCAGAUCACCCAGAUUGAACGUCGGAUUGCCACUGCCAACAAAGACAUCAUUACCAAAUUCUACAUUGGUGGCAUGCUCAGUGCUACAGGCAGUGGACCAUUUCCAGAUGCUUUAUGCUCUGAAUGGGCGGAUAUGGUCAACGGGUUUCAGAAGUUAGCGAUGGGUACUCGACUUGGGAUACCGUUACUAUAUGGGAUCGAUGCCAUUCAUGGAAUCGCUAGUAUCAAAGGUGCCACGAUCUUCCCUCACAAUAUCGGUCUUGGAGCCACCAGAGAUGCAGAUUUGGUUCGACGAAUUGGUGCUGCUACAGCUCUUGAAGUUAAGACUAGUGGAAUUAACUGUAAUUUUGCUCCAUGUGUGGCUGUAUGCAAAGAUCCCAGAUGGGGACGAUGCUAUGAGAGCUUCAGUGAAGACACCGAAGUAGUAAGAAAUAUGACAUCUAUUGUCACAGGCUUACAGGGGGAACCACCCACUGGACAUCAAAGGGGUCACCCCUUUGUAGCUGGAAGACACAAUGUUGCUGCAUGCGCCAAGCAUUUUGUUGGAGAUGGAGGUACUGAAGGAGGUAAAAAUGAAGGAAAUACACUACUACCAUACAAUGAGUUGGAGAAGAUUCACAUGGCACCUUUUCUUGACUGCAUUAAUAAGGGAGUUUCUAUGAUUAUGCCAUCCUACUCUAGCUGGAAUGGAGACAAAUUGCAUGCCAAUCGUUUUCUCUUAACAGAUGUUUUGAAAGAUAAGCUAGGAUUUAAGGGGAUUGUGAUUUCUGAUUGGAGAGGAAUAGACAGACUUAGUGAACCUUGUGGAUCAAACUAUCGUGCCUGCAUCUUAUCAGCUAUGGAAUCUGGAAUCGACAUGGUGAUGGUACCUUAUCGGUAUGACGAAUUCUUCGACCAUUUAGUCUCUUUAGUAAAAUCUGAAGAAUUACCUAUGGCCAGGAUAGAUGACGCAGUCGAAAGAAUACUUAGAGUUAAAUUUGUGGCUGGACUUUUUGAACAUCCUUACACAGAAAAAUCUUGGAUAGAUUCGUUUGGUUGCGAAAAGCAUAGGAAUCUAGCACGCGAAGCAGUUCGCAAGUCACUGGUUCUAUUGAAAAACGGAAAGAAUAAACCUCAUCUUCCAUUGGAAAGCAAACCAAAAAAAAUUCUAGUCGCUGGAACACAUGCCCACAAUCUUGGAUUCCAAUGUGGAGGCUGGACUGGUAAAUGGCAAGGACUCAAUGAUGAGAAUGAAAGAUUUCCCGUAGGCACAACGAUAUUAGAGGGCAUUAUAGAAACAACAGGAAAAGAUACAGAAACAAUAUACGAAAAAGAACCAUCAGAACACACCUUGAAAAGAGACGACAUUUCUUUGGCGAUCGUAGCGGUCGGUGAAGUGCCCUACGCAGAAUCGUUCGGUGACAAUGAGAAGCUCGAAUUACCUUCCGAGAUCACCGGGAUGGUCAUCUCAGUAGCCGAGAAAUUCCCAACCUUAAUGAUUCUCAUCUCGGGGAGAGCCUUGGCCUUAAGUCCGGAGCUCUUGGACAAGAUCGAGGUUCUGAUCGCGGCUUGGUUGCCCGGUACGGAAGGUGGUGGGAUCGCAGACCUUGUCUUUGGGGAUUACGAAUUCCAAGGUAGGCUUCCGAUUACAUGGUUCAGAAGCGUUGAUCAACUCUCGAAUCGGACUGAACAUAUGUUAACUGAUCCUCUGUUUCGUUUCGGUGACGGGUUAACCAAAUACACAUGACGAGGAUGAAUCUUCAACCGGGUUGGUUGAAACGACAAUGGUGGAUUGUCGUUUAAUAUCAUUUAGGUAGAGGAGGCUGCUUGUUCCUCGAUACCAUGUACCAUCCUAAUUACAUUAUUAAAUUGGUUUGUAGUUUCUCAGUUUUAAAAUACCAAUUUUAAUAGUCAAUUUCAAAAAAUUAUAAAAAAAUGUUUCUAUGUUAUUUAAAUUGGUAAAAAAACGUCAGCUCAAAUUUAGUGAACAAUAAACUAAAGUCAUUUGGAUGUUUAUUGCUAGUCUACUUUGUACAAAUUUACAAAAUAAAAAAUCCAAAUUAUUUAAAUUAUUGA